CUUGAGACUUGCGUCUGAAAGGACGUCGUCCGAGACUUGAUUCGAUGAUUGACGACUCUUGUGAAAGCCAACACAGCUGUGUAUCCUGCUUUAAUGUUAGCCUGGUCCGUUCUACCUGCUUCUGGAUAGAAUGUAAAGAUGCUAAGAAAAGCUACUGUUCAAGUAAUUCAUCAGUUAGUGAUUGUCAGGUCGUGAACAAGACAGAAUUGUGUUCAGUGCCUACUCCAUUGCCAACAAAUUCUACAGCUAAACCCACAACUCAGCCUUCCCCUACUUCAGCUCACACCGCAGUUCCUACAACAGAUCUGACCAAUACCACUGUGACGCCAACCUCACAACCUGGGCGGAAGUCCACCUUUGACGCAGCCAGUUUCAUUGGAGGAAUUGUCCUUAUCUUGGGUGUGCAGGCUGUCGUUUUCUUUCUCUAUAAAUUCUGCAAAUCUAAAGAAAGAAACUACCACACUCUGUAAAAUGCAUCAAAUUAGCACAGACUGCCGGUUCAUUUGCGUAAUUCACUGAAACCAAAAUAAUGCUUUUCAAGCUGUCCCACAUGGAAGACGCUGUUCUAGAAUACAUCUCCACAGGAUGCAUAUAGGAUAUUUUGGAGCACCGGCCUUGAAGAAAAAAAUCAGUUGUCAUUUUGUUGAACGGGAAUAUUUAAGAUAUUCUGCUGAAUCCUUGUGGCUGUCUUCUUUUAUUCAAAUGGCUGCUGCUGUGGGAUUAUGUUCUCUGUUCUUGACAUGCCAAAUGAAACUUUUGUAAUGAUGGAAAACAUUGUCCUGCACAGACAACCUCAUGGCUCUUUUUGGCAGUUACAAUGCAGUCAUUUCGAAGUCUGAGAGUGGUUUACGUUCGUCCUUACUCAGGAUGUAGUUUAGUGACCAGAAGUGAGAAGAGCAUGCCAAAUGAGCAUCAGUCAGGUGGAGUUUUGGCUGUCAUUUCAAAAGUGGGAUAAAUUUGUAAAUUUAGUAGUACUAAACUGUAUCCUUGAGUAACAUUUUGUGCUUGAUAAGUUAUUUUUCUACAUUAGAAAUAGGAUGCCACACAGGGAAUUACAUUCCAGAUUUAAAGAAAUGGAUGGAAAGGAUACAGACCAUUAAUGCAUAGCAGGUUAUUCAUGUUUGUAAAGCACCUUGUAUCAUUGUGAAAAUAAAGAACUGUGCCUUAACAGACUGAAAGGUAGGCUGUAACUUCAAAUGUCUAUGAUUUGUUAUUUUACAUAGGAAAGUAAGGGUUCCUCUGAGGAUGUAACUUGCUGUGAGCCGUAGGAAACCUGCUUUUCGCUACCACACUAUUAAUAUUUCAUCAACAACCUAUCUACUUCAGAGCAAAGUAACUUAAGCUAAAAGAUGUUACACAUAGUUGAAAGCAUUCACACAUUAAAAUCCCAAACUACAUUUUUCUUACUGGCUGUAAAAAAUUAAAAAUUAGCGAUAAGAUUGGGGUUUAAUUGUCCUUGUUCCUUCAAAAAUACAUCUUGACAUUGUACCUUGAAAGGAUUUCCACCAAGCUUACUUGAAAAGUAUCUUCUCUCGAGUCAAGAAGGCUUAGAAUUUUUCACUAACUUUUUAAAGGAGACGAUCAUUUUAUGUUUUCAGACAACAAAUGUGACCACUGUAAUUUCAGGAAAUUUAAGGAUUUUCAGUUGAUCAGAUUACUGUAUGGUUUCUUCUCCCCUUUCCAUUCUUGUUGGCGUCAAUUCCCAUAGUAUCAUGUACAUGCAUAUUUCUAGUUUCUUAGGAAGCUCGUUUUGUGGGGGUUUUGGCUUUCUCAGUUUUAGAACAACUUCAAGGGUUGAAGUUUGACAUGUUGGAUUAGCUCAGAGCUUAAAUUAGUUUAAAGUACAUUUUUUUUUGUUUUUUUGUUUCUUUUAGCCUAUAGUGGCCGAGAUUAGCACUUGGUUUUCAGUGCUUUAUGGUAGGAAAUGAUAAAUCGCUUUGGUCCAUUUAAAGAACUAAAGCUCCUUACAUUUAGAAAGUUAUAUUAAAAGUUGCUAAAAUGAAGAUUUACUGUUUAUUUGUUAUUUUCUGGUACAGCUAAAGUUUGUUUUACUUGCACAUUUGUACAAAUACCUGUUUUCAAGUGCCUUAAUUAUUUCCUAUCUCUAGCUUGGAAGGUUUGGGGGAAAGGUGGUUAGUUUACCUUACAUUUCUGUGUUUCCAUUAGUAGUAGUAUUCUAGGUACCUCAUUUUUUUUUUUUAAUGUGUCAUGGCUGUUACUUAUUAGUGAGUGAUAAGAUUUAUUUGAAAAUACGCAGAAUUUCCAUUCCCUGUAAAGUGAAAAAAAAUCAGCUACAAUGGUAUAAAAUGGUAUAAUUAUCAUUUACCUGGAUAGGAGUAUUUUACCAUACGUUCAUGCCAGUACAUAUAAGCAGAUUUGAUGAUGCUGUAGCUUGGUGUUCAUGUCAAUAAAUAUAAGCAAAUUUGAUGAUGAUGCUGUGGCUUGAUUUAGAUUUUGCAGAUCUAAGAAAGCUCUUGCAAAAGAAGUCACAUCCUUUGCUGACUCGUUUAUUAUUUUUCUUAACAAUUUAAUAAUAUCUUGAGCCAUUAAUAAUAUUUUUGUUGUAUUUUUAAUUCAGAAGAUACAUAGAAACCUCUUGAGAUUUUUCAUUUGAUUUGUUCAUGCUGAUACAAUUUUAUCAGAUCACUUAUUUUACCUUAUGGACAGGCAGACACUGAUAUAUUUAGAAAUUUCUAUUUUAAUUCACUCAAAAACUGUAAAACCAAUCUGUAUCAUGUACCAAAAUGAUUUAAAAUAAAUCUAUGUUUAUUGAAUUUGA